AUUGACUCGGUUUUCGGAUCACCAGUAGUGAUGGGAUGUUCGGUUCUUUUCUGCGAACCGGUUCUUUCGGACAGUUUGAUUCAAUAAACCGGUUAAAGAAAACAGUUCACCGGAUCUUUUGCACUCGACAUAAUGGCGUCAUUGGCGAUGAAUGCCCUUGAUUCAAGCCAUCGGUUUACCCGCGCUCAUAACACUAGCACAGAAUCUGUUCAGAAUCAAUCACCGAAAGAAUCAGUUCGAUUCAGAAGCUCUGUGUGUCAGUCUGCUUCACUCUGAAUCACACAUGCGCAGUAUCAUCAGCUCCUCGGUUCUCGAAUGAGACGAGUCUGACAGAAACGGUUCUUGACUCGAGAACGAGUCAAUCUUUUGUUCGUUAUCUGGCUCGGCUCAGUGUUCAUCUUCAGACAAUGCUGAAUAAAGUUGUAGUUUUUGCUAUUUUUGGACCAAAAUGUAUUUUCGAUGCUUCAGCAAAUCCUAACUGGCCCUCUGAUUUCAAAUGGACUACUUUGAUGAUGUUUUUCUUACCUUUCUGGACAUGGACAGUGUACCGUACACACAGUUUCAAUGGAGGGACUGAGAGCUCUCGGACUAAAUCUAAAAUAUCUUAAACUAUGUUCUGAAGAUGAACGGAGGUUUUACGGGUUUGGAACGACAUGAAGGUGAGUUAUUAAUGACAUAAUUUUCCUUUUUGGGUGAACUAACCCUUUAAGUUCUUUCAAUAAGAAAAAGCAGUAUGCUAUUUUCAUUAUGUCUUACAUUUAUGUAUUAAACACUAAGAAAAGAGCAACUGCUGGAAAGCUUUGACCUCGCUCGCUCUGACAGUUUUUUUCUGAUUGCACCAUUAAAUGGCUUGCCUGCUCGUUCUUAUGAUCCAAACUGACGGUAAGAAACUGCGUGCAUUUUCCCUGCAGUUUUGAUCUUCUGAAAUAAGACAAUUACUGCGGGAUGCUGGAUCUGAAUAGCAAAGCAUUUGAUAUGGUAUUAGUUCAAGCCUGUGGUUUAAUGUGCGGGAUUAUCGGCCAUUGAGCAGUAUAUUCCACACUUGAUCUCCCCUGCGUGUCUAGAGAGGGGGAGAGCAAGAGAUAGAUGGGAAACAGCAGCGUGCAUCUUCCUCGGGAUAAUGAAACGUGUAAGGAGAACCAGAAAUCCUGUUGCUGUAUUUCAAAGGUGGUUUGAAAAACAUGCAAAGAUAUGCAGAUGAUCGCAGUAAACGUCAGUGGCGUAAUGAAUUAUGAUAGUAUUAUGAUCAUACUUCCAGACUCCAUCGCUUGUAUGCAGUCUGUUCGUGUGGCAGUGUGAGGUCAGAGUACAGUAUAUUCUCAUUAGUAUGUGAAAGCGUGUGGAUGUGGGUUGUGAUGUUAGCACGAGUGUGUGAGCGCGGCAGCGGUGUAGUCUACUGCAUUUUGAUUAGCAGUUCUUGCAUGUGUCCGCUUCUUAAAGCCUGUUUGUUGUACAGGAGGAUUAGGGGCCUGUUGUGCUGUGAUAAAACGUUGUUAGCUCAAAAGCACACAUGAAAACGUGAGCGAGACUGAGCCUCUGUAGGGAAAAAAAGGAGAAAUGAUCCUUCCUGCAUUUCCUCUAUUGGUCACAGUCUGCCAAUGGUCCAUGGGACCCCCUUAGUGGACAGAGUCCUUAUAAAAACCAGCAUACAGCUAGAGGUGGUCCAAAAGUAUGAGAGCACCACAUUUGCAUUUUGCAUGAUUAACACAUGAACCUAAAUGACUUGCUUCUGUAGAACAAAAAAGGUGAAUGUUUGUACAUUUUCAUAGCCGACCACUUCAAUACAAUAAAAGUGAAUGAAAGCAGUUUAAAAGUAUCAUAAAUGUGGUUCACCCCAAUGUAGAGUUGUUCUUUUGAGUCUGAUCUUUUCAGUGAAUCAGUUUGUGUCCAGUUCACAAACCAGUCUGAAUGAUACGUUUAAUAAUUGGAUCGAUUUGUUCCUUUCAAAUCAGUGAUCCAGUCAGUCAACGGUUUUCAAUUAUUCAUGUGAUCAAAUUCACAAAACCGGUCUGAAUUGCAUGUUUACUAAUGACACUGAUUCUGAUUUUUUUGGAGUCAGAUCUUCUCAAUGAAUCGGUUGGUCCAGUUUUAAAAAACGGUUUGAAUAAUUUGUUCACUAAUUGGACUGUUUUGUUUCUUUCAGGUCAGAUUUCUUGAAUGAAUCUUUUGUUCCAGUUAACAAAAUCACUCUGAAGUAAUUUCUUUAAUAAUUUGACUGGUUUGUCUCUUUUGGCUCAGCUCUUUUCAGUGAAUCAGUUUGUACAGUUCACAAACCAGUCGGAAAGAUCCAUUUAAUAAUUGGACCGAUUUGUUCCUUUCGAGUCAGUGAUUCGAGUGAUUCAGAGUGGUUUUCAGUGUUUCAGUUGAUCAAAUUUACAAAACCGGUCUGAAUUAUUUGUUCACUGAUUGGACUUUUUUUUUUUCUUUCAGGUCAGAUUUCUUGAAUGAAUCAUUUGAUCCAGUUAACAAAACAGUUGAUAUUGUUUGCUAAUCAAGCUGAUUUGAUUCUUUUGAGUCAGAUAUUUUCAACGAAUCAGUUGAUCUAGUUAAGAAAACAGUUGAUAUGUUUGCUAAUCAAGCCGAUUUGAUUCUUUUGACUGUGAUAUUUUGAAUUGUUGAUCCAGUACACAAACCCAGAUUUGUUUGCUAACUUUGUUUUCCUGUUUUCAAUGAAUCAGUAAUCCAGUCCACAAAACCACUCUGAUUGAUUUUUUGCACUGUUUCUACAGAUUUGAUUCUUUUGGGUCAUAUCUUUUUUUAAUGUAUCAGAUGAUCCAAUUAAAAAAAAACUCAUGCUCUACAUUGAACUGAUUUGUUUCUUUUCAUUCAGAUCUUAUCAAUAAGUUGAUCCAGUUUGCAAAACAGAUGUGAAUGAUACUGCUUGACUGAUUCAAAUCAGAUCUUUUAAGUGAAUCCAUUAAUCCAGUUCAAAAAACAUUCUAAGGGAAUGAAAGUGGACAAUAUUUAUGACACUUUAAUGAUGAUUUUCAGUCCUUUUUGGAGUUUGAAAGCCACAGUCUCCAUUCAUUCAUUGUUAUUGCAUGCAAAAGACUUACUAGUAGAAUUUUAAUUUGAGAAAUAUUUACUCCUUUGUUUUGUGAUUUCAAUUUUGUCUGGGGGAAAAGAGAGAGAGAGAGAGAGAGAGAGAGAGAGAGAGAGAGAAGAAAUCCUAGAUUUAUAAUGUGUUCUCAGACAUUUGGACCCCACUGUAGGUUGAAACAGAAACCCACACUACAUGUCCAUCCCGGGCAGGUUUUAUCCCGUCUUCCACUGACUGGUGGCAGUCAUGCAUAUUAACACUACAGUCUGUGUAGAGGAAUGAAUUUACAUCUUAUGUCCAUCUUUAAGCGCUCAUCUUUGGGAAUCCAAUUUGCAUUGAGAUGCAUGCUGGGAAGUAGAGAAUGGAAAGCGCGAGUGUGUAUGCGUGCAUGUCUUAUCUCCCGUCGCUGUGUGCAGCACCUGUUUCAGCAUGCCAGACCUCUGUCUUUGGGUAAUUUUCAUGGUUUCUAGUUGCUUAAUAUUAAAUGUCUUGUUCCACCCUCGCCUGAUAAUCCAAAGCGCCGGCAGCCAAAUGUUCCUUGGUCAUGGCUUCAUUAAAUAUAGACUUACAGAUUGGCCUGGAGCUCUUGGAAUGGUUGUCUGAAUUCCCAACAGAGUCUUCACUGGAGGACCACAGCACUUUCAUUAAAGAAGACGUAACGUCUUUAUCUUCAACCACAAGCCAUGUAUGAAAAUGUCACUCGUCAGACAGAACUCACGCAUUGAAUCGCUCAUACCUGAAUGUUUGAAUGUACCUUUAGAAAAUAUCUGUUAGCAUUUUGUUGUCAAUGAUGAACUGAAAUCGGAAAUUUAAGUGUUGUGGCUUUCAGUCAAUGUACUGUAUGUAUGUUAGCUUUGAAGUCAUCUGUAUUUAUUUUAUUUUAUUUUCAGGUAAAAUCACUAUCAUGAAGUUGGAGUGUCAUGUGCAGUUACCCGUGUUUUUUGUGCAUUUCUAGUGAACUAGAACUUUGCUUGUCAUGACUACUAUAAUAUUUCCAUCUCUAGAUAUGGCUUAUGUCAAAUUUUAUUUUUUCUAUUUUUUGUUCUGUUUUUUUUUUUUCUGUUUUAUUGUCUGCGAAAAAAUCCGAAGUCUGAUCACACCAUUUCUCAGCAAACUGCAUUGUUUGAGGUGUCAUUUAUUUCCAAUGCACAAGUUACAUGUUUAAUACUUAAAGUCGAAAGUUUGCUAAAAUUGCCCUAAGUUUGGGCAAUAGCGAUAAUGUUUGAAUUACUUGCAAGCACGAGAAAUUAAUAAACUUUUGUAACAAUUAAUUAAAUUAAAUUAAAAAUGCCUAAUGAAUAAUACAAAAACAAACCAAACAUUUGGAUCCUCACUUCUAAAUCCUAUUUAUGCAAAUUAGAUCACAUUUUCAAUGAAAGUCUCUUGUCUCCGUGGCUUGAAAAGUGCUCAAAUGUUGUAAAAUGAAGUUUGCGUGCCAUUAUUGUAAUUGUUCUGUAAAGGCGUAGGUUCUAAUUAGGACAUGCAAAUCGUCCUCUCACACUGUUAAAUUAUGAUGGAUGGUUUAUCAGAGUUCAAAGGAUUAAGCUGUCACUCCCUUUUGUUUGUUCUGUUGAGUUUAUCGGUUCAAUUUUCAUAGCAAGAAAUGUAAUUUCUUAACCCUUUAGCCUCUUAGACCCAGGGUCUUAGACACAUUGGAUUAAAACGAGUCCCUAUUUGUCUUUUAUUAAUGUUGCUAGCUAAGGAUUGGAACAAACCCCUAACCUUCAGUAUUAAACAUCAGCACAUGGCAUAUGGCAUCUGGUCCCACACACCCUUUGUGAACGAUACCUCAAAUCAUGCGGCUUGUGGAGAAGGUGCACUAUUACUUUUCUACAUUAGACAGGGUCCUGAGAACUCUCAGAAACCAUAUACUCUUAAAAAUAAAGGUUUCAUAAGACCACACAUGCCAAUGAAGGACCUUUAUUUUUAACAAUGUAAUGUUUUCAUCCAUGGAACACUUUUAAAGAUUAAGGUACUAAAAGGGUGUUUUCACUGUGAUGCAGUGGAAGAACCAUUUUAGGGUCCUCAAAGAACUUUUCAGAAAACAGUUGCUAAAACAAUAAUUUUUCUAGAACAUUUUAAUAAUCCAUUUUUUUUUUUUUUUGUCUGUAAGGAAUCCAUCAAUGCCAAUAAAUAACCAUCAUAUCUAGGAAAUAAUAUUUUAACUGAAUAAAAGGUUCUCUUUUUAUGUUCUUCACGAAAACUGCUGACUGAAAGGUUCUUUGGGGAACCAAAAAUGGUUCAUCUUCAGCAUUGCCGCCAUAAAAGCUGGUAAUUUUAAUCUCAGUUUGCCAUUUACACAGGUUUGAAAUGAGACACAACAGAUUUCUUGGCUCAAUCCCCAGAAGAUGCAUCUACAUCGGUGAGAGCAUUAAUUCAUUGGCUUGGUUGAACCUCAUUUCGAGGGCCAAAGCCAUUAGCCAAUAGCGGUUCAGCGGAUGCCACGAUCCCUGCGACUCUGCCAGCUUCAUUAGCUUGGCUUCUAAUUUACCAUGUGGACUGGUUACUGUCCGGCCAGCAUGACCUGUACUCUAUACAUCCAAUCAGUGAUGAAUAUUACAGCAGUUUGGCAGGGAAUCCUUUGGGACUCCAAUGCCAAGAGAUGAAUUUUCAACUCCAGCAGAAUGUAGUACAGAGAACAUCUAUCAAGGCUUGUGGGCAUGCUGGCACUUUUGAGAAAAGACAAGCCUCUACUACUCGAUAAAAAUAUAGUCUGGGAAAGUGUGAGGAAGGGAAGAUAUUAGUGCAAACUGAUGGAUGAAUGACUUUAUUUUGUAAUGUAAAAACCCUUUUUUUGUGGUUAAAGUAGACUUCAUUUUCCCUUCUGCACGGCACAGUUUCAAACGUGUAUGAUUAAAUAUGAAUUUAGCUCCACUUCAAAGCCCCCUGGGAGAGGGAAGGAGAAAUAACGCUAUUGAAUUUGUGUCAUGAAUUUCUGUAGAAUAUGGCCAUAAUUGUCUUCUUUAUGUUGUUCUACACAGAAAUUACAGCCGCGGAGCAUAUUUUAUUGCAGUCGAGUCUAUUGGGAUAGUCGGAGCUAGACAAAUUUGUAGGUGUAGCUCUUUUCCCCUAGUAGGCUAAUUAUUAGUCGCUAAUGGAGGUACCACGAGAUCACAUACCUAUGAAGGAGUCUUUGAUCUGAACUGCUUGAAUCCAAAUCUCUUUUCUUCAUGCAGGAUUUAGUCACCAUUGUGUCUUCCUCCGGACCGCUUUUUGGUCCCGACCGCAGGGCUCCUUCGUGAAAAUUGAGCUGAUCAGCGAGAAGACGGCUGCCUAUUGGUGCCAGAGUCUGACAGAACACAAAGCCGACUUUCCUGACAAUAUUGUCAUCCAGCAUAAUGUGCAGUUACAACAAAGAUGAUUGGACCGAGCUUGCCAAAAUGGCAGAGGAGUCUGGCGCUGAUGCCCUGGAGCUGAAUCUAUCAUGUCCUCAUGGAAUGGGGGAGAGAGGAAUGGGGCUCGCCUGUGGGCAGGAUCCAGAGCUGGUGUGGAACAUCUGUCUGAGGGUUCGGCAGGCUGUUCAGAUCCCGUUCUUUGCCAAACUCAACUCUAAUGUGACCAAGAUUGUGGACAUUGCCAAGGCUGCACAGGAAGGUGGAGCAGAUGGCAUCGCAGCCACCAACACGGUUUCGGGGCUGAUGGGACUCAAGGCAGACGGCUCUCCCUGGCCUGGCAUCGGCCGAGGAAGGCGCACCACAUAUGGUGGAGUGUCUGAAAAAGUCAUCCGGCCAAUCGCAUCGUGAGCAGUAUCCGUCAUUGAGAAAACUCUUCUCGGUUUUCACAUUCUGGCCACCAGGGCAUCCUUUCUGCAGAAUCCGGAUUGCAGUUCCUUCAUGCAGGAGGCACAGUGUAACAG